CGUCAAGUACUACGGACGACUGCUGCUUUACUUUCCGGCAUCAUCAUCAGCAAUAUCUUCAUCUUAUUGCAUCCUUUUGACUUGCCCAUAUAUACGGGUGUAAUAUGCUCCGGCUUGAACGAGGUCGUGGUUAACUUCCUCGCCAAUCAAAGGGUUCCCGAUCCCUGCGGCCAGUCGUCUAGUCCUUAAAGAUUUACAAGAUUCCAAGCUCAGAACCCGGCCAUGAAGUUGUGCUUUGUAACGGUGGGAGCCACAGCUUCCUUUGAACUACUCCUCCAAUAUGUUUUCAACAAGACGUUCCUGAGCGCAUUGAAGCAACACGGAUACACACAUUUACUCGUUCAAUACGGCAAAGAUGGCCAGGCUAUCUGCGAGAAUUUCACCAAGAACAAUCCAGAAGGAAGUGAAGCUCGUCAUGGGAUUGAGAUUGCCGGAUUCGACUUCAAUCAGGCGGGACUUGGUGAAGAGAUGCGUCUGGCGCAGGCGAAUGCUGAAUUUGAUCAGGAGGGUGGGAUGAUUAUCAGUCACGCAGGAAGUAUCCUCGAAGCAAUGCGCCUGGGUGUUCCACUUGUGGUCGUCCCGAAUCCUUCCCUCAAGGACAACCAUCAGAAAGAACUGGCGAAUGAGCUACAAAAGCAAGGCUAUGUGAUAGCAAGUAACGUCAAAGAGGUAUUCGAAGCUGUGAGCGAAGCAGAAGCCCUGCGUUCUCACAUGUUGAGAUGGCCGCCGGUUCGCAGACGAAACCAACGACAACCGACACUAGAGCAAGUCAUGUCGGACGAGCUUGGGUUUGUGGAUUGAUUCGUCCAGUUUGGGGUCACAUUGGUUUGGGUUAGAAGUAUAAGCCGAGAGCCA